UCCAAUUUUUACUGGAAUGAUUUUUCAAAUCAAACACAAACUUUAUCUCCAAUCACUUGGAGUGUUUUUCCAAUAAAAUUGAUAUAAAUUCACCUAAUCCUCACACCAGCCUAGUCUAUCUAAACCCACAAGCAUGUUAAGACUAGUUAUUCUAGCCACGUGCUUAACCCUUGGCCAUUUUGCCGACCAUGACACUUUCAAAAACUGCUCCCGUGUGGAAUUUUGCAAUACGUUACGAAACCGCCAACCCUUUGACAAAUACGCAGUCGACCCCUCAACCAUCACAAUCGACGACAAUGGCAGCGUAAAAAUGACUCUAAAAGCAAAAAAAGGCUCCGACCUCCAACUGGAACUCCUGGCCCUAGUCGACCGUACCUUCCGCCUGCGAAUAAAAGAAACAGCUUCGACACGAUACGAACUCCACGACGUUCUGGUCGCCGAGCCCCAACUAGCCCAGUAAGUUGCAGUACUGGGAUAUGUACCACCUAAGCAAGCUUCCAGCAACAAGACAAUUACGUGACCAUCCAAGUUGGCGAGACCACCGCCCAGAUUUUCUACGAGCCGUUCGUUGUCAACUUCUACCUGGUGCAAGUGCACCAGGUGGUGAUUGACUAAUAAGAUUUUACAUUUGUCAAAAUUUUCGAUUUGAGAGCUUUUUCAAAUUGUUAUCGUCAUUUAUUUUGAAAAUUCAAGGCUAACUUGAUUUUUUUUAAAUGGUACAAAAGGUCAAAUUUAAUCAUUUUUAAAAGAUCAUUUUUUUCUGAAUUCAAUGAUGAAACAUGAUACCCACCUUUACUUUUAUUGAAAUGUCAAAAAAUAAAAAUUAAAAAAUUUUCUGGAAUAGUAAAACUAAGUUAGCUUUGAAAAUACGUUAUAGGCGAUAUCCGCAACUUGUCUUUUAGCCAAAAAUUAAACUUGGGUGCAAUAAUUAGUUAAAUAAUAGUACAUUUAAGUAAAACUGAGCGAAAAAAAUUCUCAUGUUGGUUUAUCAUGUAGACAGAAAGCCAAGAAGUUAGUGGAAAUCAGUUUGAACAUCGUUUGUAGCAUAAAAAUCAAGUAUUCCGUGUUUAAAAUUUCUUAAUUUAAACGUUAAAAGUGUUAUUUUAACAAUUAUUUUUAACUUUUACUUAUUUUUUGGUUAAUGAGCUAACGACAGAUAAAGACAACAUUUCCAAGGCUAACAAGAUUUUACAUUUUUCAAAAUUUUCGAUUUUUUUUAAGUUUCGAUUAAAUUAAGGUAUGCAUGUGUAAUACCAUAGAACUCAGAAAGAAAUGCUCUUCUCAAAAAUAUUAAACUUGACCCUUGUUGCUGUUUAAAAAAAAUCAAGUUAGCCUUGUAUCUGAAGAACAAAUGGAGAUAGAAAUUUAAUAAACAUCUGAAACGAUACAAUUUAAGCAUAUACCAAAUUUUAAUAAGUUUAUCAUAAAAUAACAAAAAAGUGGCAUUAUUUUGUUUUUUUAUUAUCUGUAACUUGUUUUUGAGCGAAAAUGACGAAAUCUUUGCUUAUUCUGCAAAAUAUUUCAUCAAUUUUCAUUAAAUUUAUUAUGGUUUCGGAUGAGGAACACACUUAUUUUGCCAAAUUUUAUAAAAAAAAUAAUAUAAAAAGUAAAUAAUAAUAAUAAACAAAUAAUUAUGGAAUCUAUCGUAGUAAUAAAAAAUUAGGCUACCUGGUACAAUGUGUUUUUAAAUGAUUCUCGAAUCUAGUUAACUAUCUUUUGUUUUCUUUCUUCUUUGUUCAGUCUUUUUGGCUUACAUUCACUACCUUUCUUAAAAUUUCUAUACUUCUGUCAUCUUUAAUUUAAUUUAAUUUAAUACAUAAAAAAACAUUUCAUAAAAGAAAAAAAUAUUUAUUUCAAAGAAACAAAAACUAAAUAUACAGAGUCGCUAAAAAGUAUGGAUACAGUUAAAUAUUUUCAGAACGGUUUAACAGAAAACCUUGAAAUUUGGGGAACAGUUCAAGUGUUUAAAUUCUAUCAUUUGAGAGCUUUUUCAAAUUUUUAUCGUCAUUUAUUUUGAAAAUUCAAGGCUAACUUGAUUUUUUUUAAAUGGUACGAAAGGUCAAAUUUAACCAUUUUUAAAAGAUCAUUUUUUUCUGAAUUCAAUGACGUAAAAUAAUACCCACCUUUACUUUUAUUGAAAUGUAAAAAAAUAAAAAUUCAAAAAAUUUCUGGAAUAGUAAAACUAAGUUAGCUUUGAAAAUACUGUUAUUAACGAUGUCUGUCACUUAUAUAAUAGCCAAAAAUUAAACUUGGGUGCAAUAAUUAGUUUAAAAAUAGUACAUUUAAGUUAAAAUGAGCGAAAAAAAUUCUCAUGUUGGUUUAUCAUGGAGACAGAAAGCCCAGAAGUUGGUGGAAAUCAGUUUGAACAUCGUUUGUAGCAUAAAAAUCAAGUAUUCCGUGUUUAAAAUUUCUUAAUUAAAACGUUAAAAGUGUUAUUUUAACAAUUAUUUUCAACUUUUACUUAUUUUUUGGUUAAUGAGCUAACGACAGAUAAAGACAACAUUUCCAAGGCUAACAAGAUUUUACAUUUUUCAAAAUAUUCGAUUUUUUUUAUGUUUCGAUUAAAUGAAAGUAUGCAUGUGUUAAACCAUUGAACUCAGAAAAAAAUGCUCUUCUCAAAAAUAUUAAAUUUGACCCUUGUUGCUAUUUAAAAAAAAUCAAGUUAGCCUUGUAUCCGAAGAACAAAUGGAGAUAGAAAUUUAAUAAACAUCUGAAACGAUACAAUUUAUAUACUCUUAAGCAUAUACUAAAUUUUAAUAAGUUUAGCAUAAAAUAACAAAAAAGUGGCAUUAUUUUGUUUUUUAUUAUCAGUAACUUGUUUUUGAGCGAAAAUGACGAAAUCUUUGCUUAUUCUGCAAAAUAUUCAUCAAUUUUCAUUAAAUUCAUUAUGGUUUCGGAUGAGGAACACACUUAUUUUGCCAAAUUUUAUAUAAAAAAAUAAUAUAAAAAGUAAAUAAUAAUAAUAAUAAUAAACAAAUAAUUAUGGAAUCUAUCGUAGUAAUGAAAAAUUAGGCUACAUGGUACAAAUGAUUCUCGAAUCUAGUUAACUCUGUAAUUGGUUUACAUAUAAAAAAAUUGAGCAGAGCACUCAAUUGUCAAUAAAUGUCAAGUAUGUCAGUUGAGAAAUUCAAUUAAAUUCUUUUAAAUAUUUCGUCAAAAUGCUACACCGUGUAAGAAAACACUUUUAUUAUCGAUGUUUAUUUCCGAACUGGAGACUUUGUCUAAAUGCCUAUCAUUAGUUAUAUGAAGCGGCAUUUUCUUAUUUUACAUGAGAAAUUCACAGACGACUAGAUGACAAUCAUUUAAAAAAAUCAAGUUAGCCUUGUAUCCGAAAAACAAAUGGAGAUUGAAAUAUAAUAAACAUCUGAAACGAUACUCUUAAGCAUAUACCAAAUUUUACUGUAUAGAAUUAACAAAAAAUACUUCAAUAAUUUUUGUCUUCUAUCUCGUAUAAUCUAUUUUCUAUUUUUUCUAUCCUCUGUUUGUUUUAUAUGUUAUCUUUAUUUUAUAUUUUUCAUUAUUUGUUCUAUUUUCUAUUAUAAUUUCUAUUCUUUUUUCACUUGGGAUUUAUUUUACGAUUAUGAAUUUUUAUGGUUCGUUCGUUUGACUUUUUGGGCUUCUUUUGGUCAUAAAUGUUAUCAAAAUCUAGUGAUAAAAACCAGAUAAUGAUGUAUUUGUUAGUUAGGUUUUUGAAAUGAUUUUGUUUAGGAAAACAAUUACGAAAAACCUGUUCACAUUAAUCUUAACUUGUAAUUAUUUUGUUCAAUAUAUAUUUUUACUUUUUGCAA